AUGCCUGCAGCAAUCAAAGCAACUUUGAAUGGCAUAACAACAGAUACCAGCAACCUGGAUGGGACAUUACCAGAAUUCGAGAAAAACAACAGGGAUGUGCAGAUACCUUCUUGUUUUAGCAAGAUGCCCCAAAAGCCUGGAAAGAAUUUCCCUCACACCAAACAAGUUGGGACUUACCUGGUGGGCAAAAUGAUCAACAGAGGCUCCUUUGCCAAGGUGAUGGAGGGACUACACAUCCCCACAGGGGAGAAGGUAGCCAUAAAAGUCAUUGACAAGAAAAAAGCCAAGCAGGAAUCCUACGUUUUAAAAAAUAUGAAGCGAGAGCCCCGGAUACACCAGAUGAUUAAGCAUCCUAAUAUUGUUCAACUAUAUGAGACAUUGGAGACUGAAAACUUCUAUUACAUAGUGAUGGAACUAUGCCUAGGUGGAGACCUCAUGGACAGAAUCUGUGACAAAAAGAAACUGGAAGAAAGGGAAGUAAGGGACUAUACCAGGCAGAUCAUGUCUGCAGUUGAACAUUUGCAUCGCCAUGGGAUUGUCCACAGGGACCUGAAAAUUGAGAAUUUUCUUCUAGAUGAAAACAACAACAUCAAAAUCGUUGAUUUUGGACUGAGCAAUACUAUUAAGUUUGAGGGUCUUUCUCAGGAGCUGUUGAACACCCAGUGUGGAAGCCCAGCCUAUGCUGCCCCAGAACUCCUAGCUCAUAAGAAAUAUGGCCCAAAGGUGGAUGUCUGGUCCAUAGGUGUUAGCACAUUUGCUAUGCUAACUGGCACGUUGCCCUUCAUUGUGGAACCAUUCAACAUCAAGCAACUACAUCAAAAGAUGGUCAACAGCGAGAUCAGCCCCAUUCCAUCCAAUAUCUCUUCUGGAGCUGUGCACUUCAUGCAUUCCUUACUUGAACCUGAUCCUGCUAAGCGGCCUGCUGUUAAAGACGCAAUGAAAGACAAAUGGCUGAAUGAAGUAUUCAUUGGGAAAUCACUGAAUUCCAUUACAUAUAAAAAUAGGCUUCGUCCUGAUGAACUGAACCCUGUUGUUCUAAACUACAUAACAGAAACAAUGGAGCUCAGACUUUCAGAAGUUAUCAAUGUUUUGAUAAAUAACAAACCAUCUUCUAUCAUGGCUUCUUAUUGCUUAUUACUGAAGAAGUUGGCCAAGUAUCAAAAAGAACACGAAGCAAUGAAGAGGGAAAAUGUAAUAGAAAAAUGUGGUGGCAAACCUCCUAGAAACCUGAAUCAAGAUGCAGAUAUUCAGAUUUCCCAAAAGGCUGAACUGGUCACAACAGAAAACCUCAACAACUAUGACAAUAAGACAUUUCCUUCUGCACUAAACCAAGCAAUCCCAGACGCCAUUCAAGAAGAUGAAAUUGCAAUUACUUUGGAUAACCAAGAAAAUAUACCAGAAGUUUCCAAGUUUGCAGAUAGAGAAUGGGUUCAUCUUGAACCUCCUAAAUCACCAAAUAAAAAUACUUCAUAUGACCCAAUGAAUCAGCCACUUUUGGAUCUGCAGGAGAAUUUGGAUGAUUAUAAAGACUUAGCUGAUGUGAGGAAAUCAUAUCUUCCUGAGAAACCACCUCCUACAUUAGCAAAUAACCCAACACAUUCUGCAAACCACCAAUCUCAAAGAUCUGCAAUGUCAUGUACAAGUAGAAUAACCCCACGGUCUCUAACAGAAAAUAGAGUUGUAGACCACAGUCCUAUGCCUCAUCAGGAUACAAGAUUUAAAGACCUUCUCAAAGCAAUGGAUGAGACUAUUCCAACUCCAGCAUGGCUGUACUCAGAAAAGGAAAGUCCUAAUCUACUAAUGAUUGAAACACCACAGCUUUCCCCUUUGCCCAGGCUGAGACAAGCUGCCUUGAGAGACACCAUAGUUAAAAAGAUUUCAUGUAACUGUGCCACGACAAGCCCCCCCUUGUCUGUGGAUUCAGAGGUGGGGGUAGUAAUCUCAGCCACUGCUGAUGAUUUUGAGGACGGCGAAGAUGUGGAGGAGGAACCGGAGGAGGUUGAGAUGGCAGAGACCACACAGCACUCCAUUCCCCCCAACAGCCAGGAUCUUUUCCUCACCCUGACAGAAGUACCCUCCCAGCCCUCUCAAGCCAGUAGCACAGACAAUGAAGCCGUGGAAGCAUCCUCUGCUGCACAUUUCUCCAGCCUCCCUUCUCCUGUCCGAAGGAUAGGUCAGAUAAGGAGACUGAGGAAGAAGAGGACACGGGAGGAGAUGUUCACAGAAAUAAUGGCAGUAACCCGCAGUGAAAGAGCUCAUCUGGGGGAGUGGAAACACGUGGUCGCAAAGUACAGGGACGCUGCCAGUGAACGUGAGGACAGGAGGGACCAACGUGAGGACAGGAGGGAUGCCAAAAAUGACAUGUGGCGGCAGGAAGAUCAGCGGUGGCGGGCAGCAACGCUGGAGCUUCUUCGCGAUCAGACUGACCUCCUCCGAAGUCUGGUGGAAGAGCUGCGGGGUCACAGAGUGCCACUCCAGCCCAUGUUUAACCUCUCUCAGUACUCACCAUGUCCCAUACCUUCCACACCCAGGCGUGUAAGAACGCGUGGGGGAAGGCUUUCUGCACCUGCCCACUCCACCCCUGUGGACAAUCCAACCAAAAGGCUGUCAUUACAUUGAAAUGCCCUUAAUGGCAUUUUUCUUCCCUCCUAUACUCCUCCCAAACCACUCCCGGGGUACCUUUUCAUUUCUUUUAAUCUUAGGACAUGCUAUUCAAAGGCAGUGGGAGGGUGGGUUGGUAACGAUAGUAAGCAAGAUGUUCUGGAAGGGUGGAGGGAAGCUUGCUUGCAGCAGCAGGAGUCAAUACAUGGGGUGGGGUUAAUCAAGGGGAAAGAAACACAUCAGUCACACCGUACCCUGGCCCAUGAUGAAACUCGUUUUCAGGGCUUCCUUAAUUGCCUUUGUCUUCCCUUAAUCCCUCCCUCCCUCUACUAUCCUCCCCCAAAACCCCCUACUUAUGUAUUUUUAAUCACAGGCUUGUAAAAGCAGGAGGGAGGGUGGGUUGCUUACAGGGACUGACUUUUAAUAAAGAAUACAAUGUUUUCUACA